AUGAGGGAUCAUGAAGCAGAACCUCAGCUCUCAGACUGGUUUAAUCCUAAAAAACGUCCUGAUGUAACAACAACAACUGACUGGCUUGCUCCGGUCAUAUGGGAAGGAACUUACAAUAGACAGGUCCUGGAAAAAUAUUAUAAAAGGCUGAACAUUACCGUAGGCUUGGUUGUAUGGGCUACUGAAAAGUUUGCAGGACAGUACUUGAAACAGUUCAUCCAAUCUGCUAACAAGCACUUUAUGAGUGGCUACAAAGUUAUCUUCUACAUCAUCAUGGAUGACUUCUCCAGACUACCUCCCAUAGAGUUAGGUACCCUUCGGACAUUUAAACUCAUUGCUGCAUCAAAAGAAAAAAUAUGGGAAGAUGUUAAUGUCAUACGCAUGAGGAAUUUAAAUAUGUACAUCAUAAAACACAUCCAGAGUGAAGUCGACUUUCUCUUCAGUAUGACUAUAAACCAGAUCUUCAAGAAAGACUUUGGAGUGGAAACCCUGGGCAAAUCUGUAGCUCAACUUCAUGCAUGGUGGUAUUUUGAAAAUGCUAAAAAUGUUCCUUAUGAGAGAAGAUAUAAGUCAGCAGCUUUCAUCCCUUUCGGAGAGGGAGAUUUCUAUUAUCAUAGUGCAAUUUUUGGUGGCACACCCCAGGAGGUUUUAACCUUCACUUUAGAAUAUCAAAGAGCAGUAACUAGUGACAUCAACAAUGGACUUAGCAGCACAUUUGAGUGUCACCUAAACAAGUACUUUUUUAUCAAUAAGCCCACUAAGUUGUUAUCACCAGAAUACAAUUGGGAUCCAACUUUUAGAAUUCCUCCACAAAUUAAACAUGUUAAGAUAGCAUGGCAGCCAAAAAAUAUUUGA